UUGAACAGGGCAUGGAACAAAAACCUGCAAGACGGGGGUCCUCAGGGAUCACGUUGGGAACCAGAGAGAGAUAGAGAAUCGUUUAAUGUCGCUCUCUAAACGUCUUAAUUUCACUCUGCAGCAAAAACACAAGUACAAGCAAGUGCAAAGUAACAAUGUACUACUUGACUCGGGUUUGAACUCCACCAUUAAGUAGCUCCGGAUGUUUAGACCGAGCAAACACACCGAAAAUAAAGUGUCACGUUUCAUCCGGUGGGCUGGAGCUGAGGAGGCGUCAUGAGCCGCAAAACAAAAGGCGAUUGGUGUAUUAACGUCUGAGCAGCGAUGAUCAAACCAGCUUUUCUAUCACUCGGAUGCCUGUUUCUGCUGUUCAGUCUGUCUCCGUGUGAAGAUCAGUCUCAGCUGGUUGGUCCUCCUCAGCCAAUAGUGGCGAUAGUUGGUGAUGACAUCAUCCUGCUGUGCCACCUGGAACCUGCUGUGGACGCUGUUGCCAUGACAGUGGAGUGGGCGAGACCUGACCUGGAGCACAGCUUUGUCCAUGUGUGGCAUGGUGGUCGCAAACUUCCAAUACAGCAUCCGUCCUACAAGGGCAGAACAUCUCUGUUCCUGGACAAACUGAAGGACGGAGACGUUUCACUGAAACUCUCUGAAGUGAAACUCUCUGAUGAAGGAAGAUACAGAUGCUUCAUUCCUUCACUCGGUAUAGAAACCACAGUUGAGCUUGUUGUUGGUCAGCCUCAGCUGAUUGGUCCUCAUCAGCCAAUAGUGGCGGUAGUUGGUGAUGACAUCAUCCUUCCGUGCCACCUGGACCCUGCCGUGGACGCUGUUGGCAUGACAGUGGAGUGGACGAGACCAGACCUGAACCCCAGAUUUGUGUAUCUGUGGCGUGAUGGUCAGGAACUUCUGGUUCAUCAAAACCUAAAAUAUGAGGGCAGAACGUCUCUGUUCAGAGACAAACUAAAGGAUGGAGACGUUUCUCUAAAACUCUCUAAAGUGAAAAUCUCUGAUGAGGGAAGAUACAGAUGCUUCCUCCCUUUACUUGGAAGAGACACUUUCGUCAAGCUUGUUGUUGGUGCUGCCUCCUCUCCUGUCAUCAACGUGACCAAAAGCAGCAGUGGAGUGGUUUUAGAGUGUGAAAGUAAAGGCUGGUACCCAGAGCCUGAGCUGUUUUGGCUGGACGCUGAGGGAAAGCUCCUCUCUGCUGGAGCUCCAGAGACAGUCAGAGGUCCUGAUGGCCUCUAUACUGUCAGCAGCAGAGUGACUGCGGAGAAGAGCCACAGCAACAGCUUCACCUGC